AGAGAACUAUUUCCAAGAAUGGCAAGCCGAGCAUUUUCUUCGGUCCCUCCCUGCUGCACUUAUUGGGGGCGGGUAAAACUCCCACUCAACCCGGAACUGCGAAAACAAUCAAUUACUCUUCUAAAUUGUAAAUAUACUGUACAUCACAACAAUAUUUGGAUACGGUACGUUAACGGUAAGAUCGUCGUUCAUUACUUACAUUGAAGGAUACGAAUGCGGCUUGACUUUACAACGCGCACUUCUUCGGGAAAAGUUUGAACAGGGCUCAAACAUAAUAAGACCAUUGCCAUCAGGAUGCCUCAGCAGAAAGACAUAGUGAAGAUCGCGAUUCAAAUGCCAGGGGCCUACCCUCAACUUAUUCAGUUGGACCAGAAAAAGCCCCUUAGUGCUGUCAUUAAAGAAGUCUGUGAUCGGUGGAAUCUGCAGGGCCCAGACAACUAUGCCCUUCAGUAUGCAGACGGUGUCCAGACCUACAUCACUGAGUCUAAUCGUCUGGACAUUAAGAAUGGCAGCAUUCUACGCUUGACCAAGGCCCCUAGCCGCUGUGCUGAAGACUUGUUUAAGGGCAUACAGAGCUCAGACUCAGGAGUGCGCUGUGAUUCGCUGAAGCAGCUGGCCUCCUUGUCAACGGACGUCACGUUUGCCCAGGAAUUUAUCAAUCGUGAUGGACACUCCCUGUUGGUGAAGAUUGUGGAAGACCAUAAUGAGUCUGCUGUCAUUAUGACUCAUACUCUGAUGGGCUUCAUGGAACUGAUGGACCAUGGGAUUGUAUCAUGGGAGAACCUGUCCUUAAUCUUCAUAAAGAAGAUCGCCAGCUUUGUGAAUGCGAAGGCGUUGGACGCGUCCAUCCAACAGGUCUCACUGGCCAUCCUGGAGAGCAUGGUCCAGAGCAGCAGCAGCCUCUUCCACCACAUCAUGCAGGAGGUCACCCUGGAGAGGCUCAUAUUACACCUGCAGGUGACAAACCAGCAGAUUCAGACAAAAGCCAUGGCCCUGUUGAUGGCAUUGCUCCAAACAGCUGGGGAAGAAAAAAGACGGGAGCUGUUUGAUUUCCUUGCUAAGAAAAACCUUCGCCAAUACAUUUACAAGAACAUCAUCCACAGCUCGGGUCCAGUGGGGGACGAAAUGGCCCACUACCUGUAUGUCCUGCAGUCCCUCUCCCUUAACCAGCUGGAGCCGCGCAUGAGGACGCCUCUCGACUCCUACAGUCAGGAUCAGAGGGAGAUACUGCAUGCCCUGAGACAGGCUGCAUUCGAGACGGAGAGCGAGAACAGCUUGAGUACUGAGCGCCGGCGCUCCCUCUGUGCAAAGGAGUUUAAAAAGCUGGGCUUUUCUAACAAUAGCAACCCAGGGCAGGAUCUGAACCGCACACCUCCAGGUCUCCUGGCUUUGGACACUAUGGGCUACUUUGCCUCCCGCAAUCCUGACGCUUUCAGCAGGUUUGUUCUGGAGAACAGCAGUCGGGAGGACAAGCACGAGUGUCCAUUUGCCCGCAGCAGUAUCCAGCUCACACUUAUCCUCUGCGAAAUCUUACGCAUUGGAGAACCACCGUCUGAGACGGGCUCGCACUACCACCCGGUCUUCUUCUCCCAGGACCGGCUGCUGGAUGAGCUCUUCUGCAUCUGCAUCCAGCUGCUCAACAAAACCUGGAAGGAGAUGCGGGCCACCCAGGAGGACUUUGAUAAGGUUAUGCAAGUUGUACGAGAGCAAAUUACAAGGACUCUGUCCAGUAAGCCUACCUCUCUGGAGCUGUUUAAGAAUAAAGUGAAUGCGCUCAACUACAGUGAGAUCCUUAAGCUGCGUCAGACCGAGCGACUGCACCAGGAGGAGACUCUUGCUCCCCCUGUCCUUGAGCUGAAGGAGCGUCUGAAGCCUGAACUCUUGGAGCUGAUCCGCCAGCAGAGACUCCACCGCCUUUGCCACGGCACACUGUUCCGCAAGAUCAGCAGCCGCCGGAGACAGGACAAAUUGUGGUACUGCCGCCUCUCACCCAAUCACAAAAUGCUUCACUAUGGUGAUGUGGAGGAAGAAGCAGAGAUGCCUUCUAUUGAGGCACUUCAGGAGAAGAUUCCUGUGGCUGACAUCAAAGGUUUGCUGACCGGGAAGGACUGUCCUCACAUGAAGGAGAACAAAGGCAAACAGACAAAGGAAGUGCUGGAUCUUGCAUUCAGCAUAACAUACGACGUAGAGGAGUAUAGCCUGAAUUUCAUCGCCUCAUCCAGGACCGAUUUCUGCCUGUGGACAGACGGCUUGAACGUGCUCCUGGGCCGCGACAUGAGCAGCGAGUGCAUGCGCAGUGAACUGGAGAUCCUCCUGUCCAUGGAGAUCAAGCUGCGCCUCCUGGACCUGGAGAACGUGCCCAUCCCCGAACGCGCCCCGGCCGUCCCCAACCCCCCGAGCAACUUCAACUUCUGCUACGACUUCAGCCAGGCUGAGCAGUAGCCUCACGCAGUGUACUGGUCAGUGGGUGUAAGGGGAAGGAGCUGCCUGUCCUUAUAGACCGCCUGGCUUAGUAUGAGUGAGUAGAGAUAUAGAGAGUGAAGAUACUGCUUUGGAGUCUGUGUUGCUCUUUAAGAUGAGUGGACCCACAUGUUGACAUUAACAUGCUAGACUGGAUGACACUUUGUAUAGCCAUGGUACCUGGAAAAGAGGCAUUCAUUUUGAAAGCUUGAGGUCUUGUAAUAAUUAUUUUUAUUUUCUGCUUUCUCAUCUGUCCAAAUUCUUUAUUGUUAUUUUUUUUACAUUCACGUAGUAUUGACUUGAUUAAUUGCCAUCGUUCCGCUUUCUGUAGCACUCUAAUGUUUCUGUAGCACUCUAAUGUUUCUGUAUUUCAAGUGACUCGUAGAUAGGCAGCUGUAGGCAGAGCACUUUUCACAGGUGUGGAUGGGAGAACUCUUUGUACUUGCCUUUGUUUUUUUCAGCCUAAUUUAAUUGAGUUAAUGUCACCGGUACUUGAGUAGCAAUAGCAAGUCAUUGUGAGACCUGAAACAGUGCUGAACUGGAGCACUAAAUACUGUAUGGUCACUAGCUGCUGAACUGAUAUGGUGAUCUUAGGUACUAAAUAUUCUGGGGUGUAGCCUAAGCUGCUGCUUGUAGGUUGCCCCCUAAUUUUAUAGAUAGUUUGCCUUUCUAUGCCAUGACAACUGAGCUUUGGUCUACAAGCAUGAUGAUUGAGGACAGGAUUUCAAUGAAUUCCUCUACAGUGUCUAAUGGUUGGCUGUUGUUUUUUAUUCCAAGUAGAUACAGAUAUUAGGGUAAUGCUACACAUAUGAUGCAUGUUGCUUAACUGGAUAGGUUCCAGGAACUGCUAGGUGGCCAAAAAGACCCUCUUCUUAUACUUCAGAAAAUGUAUUUUUCACUUCUAGAAAUAUUCUAUUUCUCUUUCCAAAAAGGUCCUAUAAAGUAAAGUUGGGGAAUAUUGUAGAUAUUGCGCAUUUUAAAUUGCCAUCCUCUCUUAGGAUAUCAGAGAUUGUCAAUAUGUAAAAAUGGGUAGAGAAUGUAUUUUACUUUUAUGUAACUGUGGAGAACUUACAAGAUAUUGUAUUAUAUACUGUAUGGCAAAGACCUAUUCCAGUCCUUACAUUUCAGAACCCAGAGUCUUGGCCAAAUAAUACUUGUGAUGAGUAAAUUAUGUCUGGGAGCAACUCAUGAGCACAAACAGCCCUGUGAUGCCAUUCACCACGACUGUCAUUCUUAAGUUGAAUAUCUUUUCAAUCAUGUCACACUUAAAAUGUGACAUCAGUGGCGUUAAAUUUGUACCACAGUUGUUAAACCUGGAAUAUUUUUAACAUAUUCAUUUACAAAUAGUUUUAUUUGACUUUGUAAAUCAUUGUAUAUUCUUACACUGAAAUGUUCAUUUUUACAGCUAAUAUUGGUCCCAAACAUUGGUGAUUUGUAUCAGUAUAACUUAUGGGAAAAUAGUUUCAACCUCACUUUGUCAUUUAAUCACUUAACCAUUUCUACCUACAUUAAAAUGCCUUUUUGUCGCAUUUCAAAAACAGAAUGACUUAAUCCUAAAUAGAUAAUGGAAAACAAUCGAAGCAUCUUUCACUUUUCACUUUAUGAUGUGACACUAACCUAUGUUUCUACCACUAACCUAAUUUCUACAUUGUUUAAUGUAGAAAUGAAUAUGUCCCCUUGUGUUGUGGUGCUAAUUGCUAUAACAUCUAAUGCUACACUGCAUCUUUAAGUCUACAGUGACAUGUAUGUUUUUUCUUCAUACAUUCUUUCUUUAUACAUUGAUGUUCUUUUCUUUUUAUCAUCAUUUCCCCAAGAAGGAUUGUUGAAUGUAAAUGUUGUCAGAUGUUAUUGGAAAUGUCCAGACUCCAUACACCUGCACUGUCUGAUUUUGUAUUUAUUUAGCUCUUUUUGUAAUUCAGAUUUUUGAAUUCAGUUCACUGACUAUUUGCUUUAAUGAUCAAGAAACCAUUUGAACUCCAAAUCCUAUGAAACUAGGAUACAAAAAAACUCAUAAUAAAUCUAAUCAUCUACUU